ACCCAUCAAUGUCAUUACAAGCUAAAACACGGACUCAUAAAAUAUUAGAAACUGUCUAAGGAAGUCGUGUUUUCACACAAGUAUUUGACUAAAAUAUUGACAUAUGGGUUGUAAUACAGUCCUGGCUAUCUUAAUCAGCGGAUUAUAAAACUUCACUUAACUCACUGUCACACAAGGUGAAAAACUACAGACGGGUGAAAUAUUUUAUUAAAAAGGAUAUUAAGUGGGCUCGCUAGAAGGUCACAGGAUUUGUUUAUGCCGGUGGGACUGUACACAGAAUCAACGUUAUACAGAAUUGAUAAAACAAUCGGACUUAUCAAGGCCUUCGGACGGAAGGUUUAACCUCGUCCAUGGCUAACCGAGUGUACGAAAAUGACAUGCCGUCACAUUAUGGACCAAGUAUUACGGGGAUGCCGGACAGUAUGUACGACUCGCACCGAUUACAAAAUCUCCAUCAGUCGCCCCCUGGAAUGGGGCAUCAGUCUUACCCUCCUUAUUCAACAAAUAGCUCAAUGCCUGUUAGUUCAUCACAGGACAGUCAAUUAAAAAGAGACAAAGACUCUAUAUACGGGCACCCCCUAUUCCCAUUGUUGGCACUUAUAUUUGAAAAAUGUGAACUAGCAACAUGUACACCUCGGGAACCUGGCGUAGCCGGUGGGGACGUAUGUUCAUCAGAAUCAUUCAACGAAGAUAUAGCCGUUUUUAGUAAACAAGUUUUAGCACGGUCAGAAAAACCACUGUUCUCAGCAAAUCAUGAACUUGAUAGUGUGAUGAUUCAGGCCAUUCAAGUUUUGCGAUUUCACUUACUGGAAUUAGAAAAGGUGCAUGAACUAUGUGACAAUUUUUGCCAUAGAUAUAUUAGUUGUUUAAAAGGAAAAAUGCCAAUAGACUUAGUUAUAGAUGAUCGCGAAGGAGGAAGUACUACAUCAAAAUCUAGUUCGGAUCCUACGGACCCUUCAGACCCCGUUGUUGAUCAGCGACCUCCCUCAACGAAUAUGUUUAACCAAACAGAUGAUACCCAGUCCUCACGGUCGGGUGACACGCCCAUAACCACUAGUCAGUCCAAUACAAAUUCCUCACAGAUUGCAGAUAAUACAAGUGAGAUAGGUGAUGGUUUAGACAAUAGUGUAGGGUCAGGAGAGGGUACAGCAGAUGAAGAAUUAGAAGACAGAACGGGGUCAAAACGACAGAAAAAAAGAGGAAUAUUUCCCAAAGCUGCUACAAAUGUCAUGAGAGCAUGGUUAUUUCAUCAUUUAACUCAUCCCUACCCAUCAGAAGAACAAAAGAAACAAUUAGCUCAAGAAACAGGGCUGACAAUUUUACAAGUAAAUAAUUGGUUUAUUAAUGCAAGGCGAAGAAUAGUACAACCAAUGAUUGACCAAUCAAAUAGAGCAGCACCAGGAGGUCAUGGGUAUAGUCCAGAGAGUAUGGGUUGGGAUAGCCAGGCCAUGGCACAUAUGAGUCCUCACAUGUUCCAAGGAAGACAUGGUAGUGAAAUGUAUGAUCAAAUGAAGGGAUAUUCUCAUAUGGAUGGACAAAGAUACGAUAUGCUUGGAGUUCAGGGUAUGCAUAGUAGUGACAUGUUUGGAAGUACUGCCGUCACUGGCAGUAGUUCAUAUUCUCAGAUGUCACAAUUACGACCACCAGUUCAUUCGCAAGCAAUGCUAAUACCAGGGCAUCCGCAUCAUAUGAUGAUGGGACAUGGAGCCCACGGCAUGAGUCCCAUGUCGAUGGGAUCUGCUCAAAGUCCUCCAUUACAUGGCAGCUUGGACAGUAUGGGUGCACACAUUCAGGAUAUUCAUGCUGGAUAAAAUCAGGAGUAAACUUUGUGCUUUAAAAAGAACAAGACAAUUGGCUUGCCUGCGAACAUAAUUAAGCCAAGGAAUAAAGCGUGACUAAAGUAUUUGUGGGUACAGUAGUUUAAAACUACAGCCUAUUUUAUUACAAUCACGGUGAUCUCUCAAUCAUUAAGCAGUCACUCAUUGUGUGGAAUCUAAUUCCUAACGGUUGCAGGCUAGCCAAUGGAAGUAACUGGUUUGCUAGUCAAUCUACAGAGUAAGGGAGUCGACAACUGACUGCAGUUUUAAAACUAGUCUUCACAACUUGUUAUAAUGGGAUAUGGGGAAAACUACGCAAAAGUAUUAUUAAAAAAAAACGCAGUUCAUGUUGACAAUGAGUUGCCAAGUAUUAUAUAUGUAUUUUGUUGUCUCUGGACAAGAAACAUGUCUUGGUCACAUAUGUGCCGCAUACCUCAUGAUGAUCAAAAUAAAUGUACAUUUGAAUGGCCAUGACUUUGUAAAGCAUUCCACGUCAAAGUAUGUUCUGUCAAACAUCAACUCUUCAGUUGAAGGAAUAUGUUUUUGUGCCAUGGAAUAUUUGAAUUUUUUGUCACAUGACAUUGUUAACCAAUCAGAAGAGUUACCCUGUAAUGGGGUGACCAAUUAAAUUAAAGCUUUAAGAUUUACCUCAUUAUUAUUCCUUUGUAAUUAUAGCCAGUUCCAUUGUGUUGGAAGUGGACAUUUUAUUUAAUGGUGCAUGUUAAAAAAAGUAUUUGGUGCAUAUUAUUUGUAUAGUAAAGAUGUUUGUUGAAUGUAUGUUAUAUAUGUUAUUGUGUAUGAAAGCGAAAAAUCAUUAUUUGGAGAGUUUUUCUUUGUGUGACAUUUUUAUACUUUCUGGCCAGGCUGUUUAGAUCUACUUGCAGUUUAAUUUGUAAAUGUUUUGUUGUUUUUGUUGAAGUUUGUUUGAAUAUUUUUUUUAGAUUGAACAAAUUUUAAGCUUGAUAUUUAUUCGACCUGCCAGAUUUAUUUUUUUUUUUUGAUAAUUAACCAAUUUGUUUUUGGUUUGUGAUUUGUUACAGAAUGAUUUUUUUGUUUUUUUUUUUAUCUAAAAACAAGUACUAAGUUAUUUCUAAGUGCUGACCGUUUAUUUAUGUUUUUAAAAAAUGUUAAAGUGCAGAUUUUAAACUGGCAUGUAAUUACUACAUGUGUAUUUAAUUGUAAAGUAAUAUUAAUGUCAGAGACUGCUGAAAUCUUUCCUUUAUCUUUUUGUACUGAUUUUAACUAGAGAAAGACAUAUUUAUAUGUAUAUCUGUAGCAAUUAUUUUAGAUUGUUUCAAGAUGUCGGAUAUUACAUUACUUUACUAUACUUCUUUUAUGAUUCCCCAAUAAAUAUAUAUUUACAUUUUUUAUCAUUUCAAUGCCAGAAUGAACAAAAAAUAACUGAAAAAGAUGUAUCAAAUUUUCAGAAAAUCUUAGACAAUCAUGCACGAGUUUACCAAAAAUACACUGAAAUUGAUUAUUGUCUGAAUGUGUCUGAUUAUGAGGAAAUGUAAGAUUGCAAUGAUGUGUGUGGUGAUGUGUGGAGCUGAGCUUGAUGCUUAGGGACUUGUGAAAAAUUUUAGGGAAUUUUAAUACGAGAUUGUCAAAUAUUUUGAGCAAAAUUCCAGAGAAAUAAAAAUUGUUGUAAUAAACUAAA